GCAGGCAGUCAGUCAGUCAGACUGUACCAGACACUGCUGCAGGCAGUUUCCUUAAAAGCCGCUCCGUAACUGAUAGUUGUUGUUUUGUUUUGUUUUGUUUUUUCUUUCUUAAUCAUGUCGCCCACUGUUUGCCUUUGCUUUUUGAAAAAUGUUUCCGUACAAAGAUCUCGUGUUUGUGCGUAAACCUUGGUGGAGACGCAGGGAGAGUGGUCGCCAUGGGAGGAGGACGGCGCAGAGAAACACCUGGAUAUGAUGAGGACUUCUCGUUUGUCAGUCCCGUUGUCAAGUAUCUGCUCUUCAUAUUUAAUUUCCUAUUUUGGAUAAUCUCCUUUGUCAUGUUGUCCAUCGGCGUGUACGCUCGCAUGAUGAAACAUGCUGAGGCAGCCCUGGCCUGUCUGUCAGUGGACCCAGCUAUGAUGCUGAUGGUGGUUGGGGUCCUCAUGUUCAUCAUCACCUUCUGUGGCUGCGUGGGCUCCCUGCGAGAAAACAUCUGUCUGCUGCAGGUCUUCUGUAUCUUCCUCACUAUCAUCUUCCUGCUCCAGCUCGUGGCAGGAAUCCUGGGCUUCAUCUUCUCGGACACAGCCCGGAGUAAAGUGACUGAGAUGAUCAACAACGCCAUUGUUCACUACAGAGAUGACAUGGACCUGCAAAACCUGAUUGAUUUUGGUCAAAUGGAGUUUGGCUGCUGCGGGGGUGUGACAUACACCGACUGGUCCCGGAACAUGUACUUCAACUGUACCGAGAAGAAUCCGAGCAGAGAACGCUGCUCUGUUCCCUUCUCUUGUUGUAUCAUAUCCAAAGACAAGACGGUGAUCAACACCAUGUGUGGACAGGGAGCGCAGGACUUGGAAUACGUAAUAGCUGGAGAUCAGAUCUACACCAACGGCUGCAUAGACAAACUGGUCAACUGGAUUCACAGCAACUUGUUCCUGCUGGGAGGGAUUGCUCUGGGACUGGCUAUACCACAGCUGGUUGGUAUCCUCCUGUCUCAGAUUCUGAUCAAUCAGAUCAAAGAUCAGAUCGAACUCCAGAACUACAACCUCAAACACCGAUCAGACCCGUGGAGCUGACCCAGGCCACCCCACACACCAGUCAUGUACACGUUAAAAGUGACUAGAGGAGGAUGGGUAGAACCGUUUAUACAAUUGUUGCUCCUAUUUCAAUAACCAGCACUCUGUCGCCAUCGAGUGGACAGAGGUCAGAAUUUCAGCUAGGAAACAUUUCAUUGGAAGAUGAAUUUACAUUUACCACUUUAUAAACGAGAUUUGGAGUAGAUGUUUGUAAUGAUGGGUGAACAGGUGACUAGUUUUUUUUAAAAGUUUUU